AUGUUUUAUGGAAUAUAUUAUGGUGUACUUGGAAGAGAUUUGGCUGAAUCAUGUACUGAUCGAAUGGCAUCAAAAAUUGGAUAUUAUUCUGAAACAGGUUUACCUAAACGAGCAUUAGAAUCUAAUACAUGUGCUGUUUGUGCUAAUCCAAUAUUAGUACAAAAUAAUGAAGAAGCAUUAAUUGAACAAACAUUUAAAUUACAAUGUGGUCAUACGUAA